CCUACAUUUAAACAGUAUCGGCCCGCCAUGUCUCCCUCUUAGUGCGGGAGUGACUCAUCUUGUCGUGCUCACACGAUCUUCGCCGCUGGCCUCAGCACCGAUUGUGUCCGAGAGAGUCUUCACCGAGAGUGCUCGGAGGAGACCGAAGGGGCGCAAACAAACGUUUCCGUAUCUACUUUCUCACCGGAAAAACUCACCUAAAAACACUUCAGAGAUGGCGGAGGCCCACCAGGCGGUGGCAUUCCAGUUCACCAUAACACCAGAGGGGAUUGACCUGCAGCUGUCCUACCAGGCCCUGAACCAGAUCUACCUGUCCGGUGUACGGUCAUGGAAGAAACGAGUCAGCCGCAUGAGGAACCGGGUGAUCAAGGGCGUGUACCCUGCCAGCCCUUCCUCCUGGCUCUUUGUCGUCAUAGCGAUCCUGGCCACCAUGUACAUGCGCUCGGAUCCCAGCAUGGGGCUCAUCACCAAGAUACAGCAACACCUGCCGCUGAGUCUCCAUGUGUCGCUCAGUGCCCAGGGGCAGACCAUGUUAUCGGCGCUGGUCUUCAGCACUCUGCUGUGGCUCUCCCUCAUCCUCGCGCUCAGAUUCUGCCUCAAACUGCUGCUCUCCUACCACCAAUGGAUGUUUGAGCAGCACGGCCGAGUCUCCAAUGUUACCAAAGUCUGGGUGACUCUGUUGAGGUUAUUAUCGAGCAGGAAGCCUCUGCUGUACAGUUAUCAGACCUCUCUACCUCACCUGCCUGUACCUCCCAUCAAAGACACACUGAGCAGGUACCUGAAGUCAGUGCGCCCCCUGUUGACGGAUCCAGAGUUUCAACGAAUGACUGAACUGGCCAAUCACUUUGAGACUAACCUGGGAAACCGGCUGCAACGUUACCUUAAACUCAAAGCUCUGUGGGCCACCAACUAUGUGAGUGACUGGUGGGAGGAAUACAUCUACUUAAGGAGCCGAGGGCCCAUCAUGGUUAACAGUAACUACUACGGCAUGGACUUCCUGUACGUGACGCCGACACCGGUGCAGGCAGCCAGGGCGGGCAACACCAUUACUGCCUUGCUACUCUACCGCCGCAAGGUCAACCGGGAGGAACUCAAACCGAGUCGCGUUCCAGGCACUGUCAUCCCUCUGUGUGCCGCUCAGUGUGAGAGGAUGUUCAACACAACACGCACACCAGGACAGGAGACUGAUGUGCUCCAGCACUGGCAGGACAGCGAAUUUGUGGCCGUUUAUCACAAGGGACGCUUUUUCCGCCUGUGGGUGUACCUGGCAGGCCGCCUGCUGUCUCCCCGAGAGAUUGAGUACCAGAUCCAGAGGAUCAUGGAUGACCCUUCACCUCCACAGCCCGGAGAGGACAAACUCAGUGCCCUCACCGCUGGCGACAGGAUUCCUUGGGCUCAGAUGAGGAAGCAGUACUUCAGCUCUGGCAUUAACAAACGCUCACUGGAUGCCAUCGAGAGGGCGGCCUUCUUCGUAACCUUGGACGACGAAGAGCAAGGCAUGAGAGGAGAAGAUCCAGCUGGAAACCUCGACCGCUACGCCAAGUCCUUGCUUCACGGAAAAUGCUACGAUAGGUGGUUCGAUAAAUCAUUCUCCAUUGUGAUCUACAAGAACGGGAAGAGCGGGCUGAAUGCAGAGCAUUCUUGGGCUGACGCACCGACAGUGGCUCACCUUUGGGAGUACACUCUGGCCACAGAUGCCUUCCAGCUGGGCUACACUGAGGACGGACACUGCAAAGGCGAUGUGGACCGCUCGCUGCCGCUCCCCCAGAGGCUCGUCUGGGACAUCCCCUCAGAGGUUCAGGCUCAGGCAAGCAGCUCCCUGGCUGUUGCCCAAGCGCUGGCAGAUGAUGUGGACUGCCACGUGUUCCCCUUCAGAGAAUUUGGAAAGGGACGCAUCAAGAAGCUGCGCGUCAGCCCCGACGCAUUCAUCCAAAUCGGCUUACAGCUGGCAUACUACAGGGAUCGUGGUGGAUUCUGUCUGACUUAUGAAGCGUCCAUGACCCGUCUGUUCAGGGAGGGCCGGACAGAGACUGUGCGAUCGUGCUCCAGCGAGAGCUCUGCCUUUGUCAAAGCUCUAGAGAAUGGGGAGGUGGAGGAGCAAUGCAGGCGUCUCUUCCGACUGGCUUCAGAGAGGCACCAGAACCUUUACCGGAUGGCCAUGACCGGAGCUGGAAUCGACAGACACCUCUUCUGCCUGUAUGUGGUCUCCAAAUACCUGGGGGUGGAGUCACCCUUCCUCAAAGAGGUUUUGUCUGAGCCUUGGCGUCUCUCCACCAGUCAGACGCCGGUUCAGCAGAUGGAACUGUUCGACCUGAAAAACAACCCUGAGUUCGUAUCACUGGGCGGCGGGUUCGGACCUGUUGCCGAUGAUGGUUAUGGAGUUUCGUACAUCAUUGUGGGAGAGGAUAUGAUCAACUUCCACGUGUCCUCCAAAUACUCCUGCAGUGAGACUGACUCCCACAGGUUCGGAGCUCAGGUAAGCAAAGCCCUCCAGGACAUCAUGACGCUUCUCUCCGUUGACACCAAAACCUCCACAUCCUCCAAAGGCACAGCCCAGCCCCAAACCAAGAAGCUCCUCUGAACAUGGCACCGGGUGGACAAACGCUCCCCAUCCACACGUGUAGGAACCAUGAAGAACCCGUAGUCUUGAACCCAUAAUGUUAGGAGUGAAUUAGUAGGACAAAAGUGAAUUUUAAUGAGUGAAAUUAAAUGGGAUGUUGAUUUGUUCAGCUUAAUCGAAGAGGACAGGUGUUCUUUGUUUAGAUCUGCCACCAUUUAGACUCAGCAUUAACAUACUUCAGUAGCUUUAGGCUCCGUUCAGACAAACAAGGCACACUGAAGAUGCAAGGAACCGUUCAAUGUUAGAUAAGUGAUCUGCGGCACUGCUUCAUAUCUUUAUAUUUCCUGAAUGUCAUGAUUUGCAUUCUCCUGUUUAAAAACAUGGAGUUCAGAAGCCUUUCUGUGUUGAACGGCCACUAACAAAUAUAUUUGACAGCUAUCCAGCAUUAUUAUACAUUGUACGUACACUAGACAACGCGAAAAAUGCAAAAAUCCUUCCAAUCCCUGCUUUCUAGAAGAAUAUGAAACCUGUGACGGGCGUUUUUUUUUGUUUUUUUUUUAAGAGAGAGGGAAGAAAAGGUUAAGAGGGAAGUCUUUAGCAGAUGAUUAAGAGGCAGAGAAAGGGAUAAAUCGGCCACAAAUCUUAAUAAAAGUGAAGCGGCUGUGUGAAAUGGUGCACGUUGUAGAUCGCUGCUAAAAAAAUAAUAAGAAAAAAAGAAAGGCUUUACAAGGAAAGGAAGCAGAGAUAGCAGAGAUUGGAAUAUAAAAACACUGACCACAACAUCCCCAUCUUUCUUCUCCUUAACAGAGAAAGGUAUUGCGUCAUCUGCAUGCAGCUCAUUGUUCCACGUUUGCUAGCACAGAGCAUGUCACAGAUAACUGUGAUCACAUAAUGUUUCUCUCUGAAAUGUGGCGAAGCACAAGCAUCUCAAACUUGUGUCUUCGUAUAGCACCCGUGGCAAUGUACUCAUGUUUGUUCGUCAGAUUCGGGAUGAACUGUGGUGCCAGCUGCAGGGCGUUCAGCUCCUCUGAGCUGUGUGGUCAACAGCAGAGCUCCUGGAACUAAACUUCAGUGUGACUUUUGCUUCCUCAAGCUGUAUUUUAACAGAGGUCAGGUGGCAGCAUAACUCUUCUCAUAGCCAUGUGUAGAAAAGAUGGAAGGAAGGGCAGCAGAAGUCUUUUUACGUUUUAUUAUAUGUUAAUAAGGUGUAGAUGUUUUCCAUAGUUUUGAGGAUAUGCUUCAGCUCAUCGGUCACAGUCAGGUUCUUGCUGCUGUCGAAAGAGACUCUCAAGUGUUGGUCAGAUGUGGACUGUUGCUGUGUACUCUGUCUAAGAGAUCAACGGCACAAUCGGAAUUUACAUUUAUAAACGGUACAAGAAAACAGUCCACAUCGGGACCAGUGGUACCACCCACAACCUCCCCUCCACUCAUCCCAGAUUUUAAAGCUACAGCAUUAAAGAAACACGUUGGUGCCUGAAUUCAAGUAUUCAUCAGUAAAACAGUUUCAAUGCAAUUUUUUUAAUCAAUGCAAUUCCUGAGGGAAAACUUUUAACGUGUCUCAUUUAGCUGUCUUCUCUCUCUCUGUUAUUAAGAAUGUAUUACAGUGUCUCUCUUAUGUCCUCGUGUGCACGCCAUCAAUGCAGCAAAAGAAACGCUGACUAAACGGUGCCAGUCUCUUGUUUUCCUUUCCUAACUGCACUCAACCUCAUGAGAUCUAUUUUCCAAAGGAUUCUUUGGCUUAAUAUUUGACAUCCUGUGUCUAAGGUUAAACAUGUAGUGGCUCAUUUCCCAAACUGUUCGAGUGGCAGAGCAGCCACUUUGUGUUCUGAUCACUGUUACACAGCCACAAGGCAGUGAAUGGUUUAUAACGAUGUGCAGCAAUGUACAGUUUUCCUAUGUCCCUCUCUUCAGUAGUUUUGUAAAAAAAAAAAAAAAAAAACUUAAGAUGAUAGGUUUUACAGAUGACAUUCACGUUACUGUUCUUCAUGUCAUGCCUCAACAUGCCUGUUAAACUGAUUAUGUGCCUUGGUCUACUCUGUGAUGGAAUGAACGUCCUCAGGCUGAAAACAGUUUGCUCAAUGAGCCUCUCACUUAAAAAAAAAAAAAAAAAAAGAAAAGAGCUGAAGGAGCUGAACGUUGAUAAAGACAGCACCGUCUUCUCUUAGUUCACUUUGGGAAACAUUAUUAUUAUUAUUAUUACUUAUUGUUUCUGUGUAACCUGUCCGGCUGCUGUUUUUACUCCGUUAAUAGCAAGUGUUUUAUGAAAUUGUAACUAUCCUAUAUUUACUGAUUUUACUCUCCUACUCCAAAAGGUGCUUUGUUGCUGCUUCUUUCAGUUUCAUUCUAAAACUUAUUUAAAUGUCAAAUGUGGACUUUGUGAAGAAGACCCUUUUUUUUAGAUGGUGAUGGUGUGUUCUGUGAAAUAAAAGACUUACUGACUCCA